GAGCCAGGGCGCGCAGGCGGCGGCGAGGGCCUCGGGCAGCGUGCGCCGGCCGCCGCCUCAGCGGGGCUCCUCCGCCUCGACGGCGGCAUCUACGCCGGCGACCGGGGGGCCGACGGCGGCGCCCGGGGAGCAGGAGCUGUCGCCGACCGUGCGCAUGGCGCGCCAGCAGCAGCACCACUCGGGCAACUGGAACGUGGAGGUGGUGCGCGGCAAGGUGACAACGCGCUGCUUCUGGAACGCCUGCAAGGCCUUCUCCUUCGGGCUCGCACUCAUGGUCAUCGGCACCACCAUGGCGGUUGUCGGCUACUACGCGGACCAGCUGUCCAUCGGCCAGGAGCUCCGGGGCAACCUCACGGUGCAAUUCAAGAAUGAGAGCCGUGGCUUCCACCUCAACAACCUGUCGUACGCGGGGCCCAUCAUCAUGGGCUGCGGAGGGUUCAUCGUGGUGGCCGCCUGCGUGAUGACCUUCGAGGCGAGGGACUCGGCCGCCAAGGUGGUGCCCGCCCGGCCCAAGUACAACAGCGCGGUCCCGGCCGAGAACCCCUCGGCCCCCGCGGCGGUCACGUCCGCCACCGGGCCCAGCAGGUCGCCGUCCAGCCGGCGGCAGUCCGCGCGGCGCUCGGCCGGCUCGCAGACCAGGGCCUCCAGCCGACGUAACCAGGAGAGCCAGCUCAACGCGGACCCGAACCGGCGAGCGCUCACCGCGGCCUUCGUCCAGUUCUCGAGGUCGCUGCAGCGCACCGCAGCCGUGCCUCUGGGGGGCGGCCUGCCCCCGGGGGUGCUGCCGGGGCCAGCGUCGGGCGACGGGGACGUGUCGGCGACCGGGUCACCCGUCAAGAGGAGCCCCUCCGCGCCGGACCUGAUGGGCGCGGUGGCCGCCACGAGGAAGGCGUCGCAGAUCCUCUCAGCAGCCAGGACGGGCCGCACGGCCACGCGCCGCGAGGGCGGGGCCGGGGGCGCGGGCGCUCCCGGCCGCGGCCGCUCCACGCUGCGGCCCUACCCCGCGCUGCACCGGCAGGCCCUGUCCGUGGACUGCCAGGAGGUGGGCCUCAACCCCAUGUCGGCGUACGGCCUCGGCUCGUGCUCGCCGCCGGGGCUGUUCCUCAGCCGCCAGCACUCGGGCCACUCGUCCAGGGGCAGCCACGACUCCAUGGAGCUGGGGGCGAGCGCCUGCGGGGCCAGCAUGGCCAGCGGCUCCAACCGCGGCAGUCAGGCUUCCAUGGUGAUGGACCUUCACCUACCCAACGACUGGCCCGUGACGCUGCGUGUUCGGGACCAGUCGCAG